AGGACAAGCCGUCUCAGGGCGUAGUGUACAAAGGAAGGAACUGCAGGGAAAUGAGGGAGUUUGUGUUCGGAAGCGUCCCGCGCGCGUGCUUCAGGGUGGAAUCGGCUGUUUAGAUUGUCGUGUCCGUCGAUGGUUCGCUGCUGUAACAGACACGGAUGGAGGGGCCUUGACGCAGCUCCUUCCUCGGGAACAAACGCGGAGUCCUUAUGAAUGAAUGGGCUCUUUCAAAGGGAGUCUCUGCGGAAGAUCACCCACACGCUGGCCGUGAAGAACGAGGAGAUCUCAAACUUCAUCUGCUCUCUCAAGCAAAGCCUCAACAACUUGGAGACAAACUCCAACCGGGUGCAGGAGGACCUGGAGUCCGAGUUCAACUCCCUUCACACCAUUCUGGAUGAGAUGAAGGAGAGCAUGCUGACCCGCAUCAAGCAGGAGCGAGCCAGCCGCACAUAUGAGCUGCAGAGUCAGCUGAGCGCUGGUACCAAGGCCCUGGAGAGCGCGGAGGAGCUGCUGGAACUGGCCAAUCAGACGCUGUGCUCGUCUCAAACGGACAGUUUCUCUCAGGCGGCCAAAGACAUUAAGGAUAGCGUGACCAUGGCGCCGGCCUUUCGCCUCUCGCUGAAGACCAAAGCCAGCGACAACAUGAGCCACCUCAUGGUGGAUUUCAGCCAGGAGAGGGAGUUGUUGCAGGCUCUUAAGUUUCUCCCAGUUCCUGCAACUCCAGAAAUUCAGGUGUCAGAGUGCCAGGUGUGUGAUAACAGCGUGACUGUAACCUGGACCAUACCAGAGCCUGACAGCAAAAUCGACCACUACAUUCUGGAAUAUCGACGCACGAAUCACGAGGGGCCGCCUCGCAUCAGAGAGGACUACCCCUGGAUGGUGGUGGAAGGGAUACGGCAGAUGGAGCACACAGUCACAGGUCUGCGUUUCGACACUCGAUACAUGACGUUCAGGGUGAGAGCGUGUAACAAAGCUGUGGCGGGAGACUUCUCGGAGCCUGUUACACUGGAAACUCAUGCUUUCAAUUUCAAACUGGACUCGGGCUCGGCCCACCAGAACCUGAAGGUGGAGGAUCUGAGUGUGGAGUGGGACAGCAGUGGAGGGAAGGUGCAAGACAUUCGCAAAGAGAAAAACCGCACCAACUCACCCAUGCACUCCCCCGCCAGGUCAGCUCUGAUGUCACCUAAAAGAGCACCAACAGCGCGGCCCGGCAGAGACCGCUUUACAGCAGAGUCCUACACAGUGUUAGCUGACACCAUGAUCGAUGCGGGCCAGCAGUACUGGGAGGUGCGGUUUGACAAGGAGAGCAAGGCUUUUGCCGUGGGGGUUGCACUGCGGAGCCUGGGCCGGUUCGACCAGCUGGGGAAAAGCAGCGCUUCGUGGUGCAUCCACCUAAACAACUGGCUGCAGCAGAGCCUCACAGCCAAACACAACAACAAGGCUCGAACACUCGACUGUUCCAUCCCGAGCAGCAUAGGAGUCUAUGUGAAUUACGAUGAAGGCAUACUGUCCUUUUAUAACGCCAAAACCAAGCAACUCAUGCACACCUUCAAAACCAAGUUCCAGCAGCCAGUCAUCCCCGCUUUCAUGGUCUGGAACGGAAGUUUCUCUGUGGUGACGGGGCUGCAGGUUCCCAGCGUGGUGCAGAGCGGACAGAGGAAGAACAGCGGCACCAGCAGCUCCAACGCCAGUCUCACAUAAGCCCCUCCCACCAGUGCACGGCUGCAGCCACAGCUGCAGAUCAUAUCCUCUGCACCUGCAGCAACCCAACGAAAGAGUCCGCCGCUGAGACUCUAACCGUUGUGACUGCUCGAGGGUGCAUUAGGUGUAGUCUUUUUGUCGUUUUGCUGCACAUUAGUUCAGAACUGUCACACUGCUGCUGCUAGAGCAACGAUUUAGCGCUGGCCGCUGCCUCCUCACCAAAACAGUCGGCUGCAGGUUCAGGGUCAUGCUCUGUCAUGUGCCUUCUUUGUCUUUUCAAAAGCAUCAGAGACGAUCUUUAACGUUAUCCUCAUUUUAAACCACGUAUUAUGUCCGUGCCAGUAUGUCGUAGUGUGGCUGAAUCUUCCUCUGACCAUUUACCCAAAUAAUAUCCAGUAGCUCGCCAUGUGGGUCAAAUCAAGUAAUAAUUCUAUGAACUCUUUCUUUGCCACAGCAUGCAAACCUGACAUUUACUGCAGUUCUGUUUGUGAGAAGAAGCCUCCUAGUGUUGAUUUAAAGUCUCCCUCCCUUCCAGAGUUUGGGAAUUUUUCUUUUAGACGAUGCAGAAGUAGGUUGGGGAUGUGGGGAGGACUUCACAGGUUGCACUCAAAUGCUUGUCUCUUUAUAUUUAUAACCACCUUCUUUUUGCAGCCGAGAUCAUGUUAAGUCGGCUGCACUCCAGUUAUGUUUGUUAGCCAGUAGCUCCAGCUCACACAUGCACAAUGAGGUCUGAAACACACCUAUCGAACAUAAAUAUUUGGAACUAAUAUUUGUGCACCUAGCCUCAGACUCCAUGUUUCUUGUCUGCAUACAUUCUGCCUGUCUGUACUUUGUAGUUGUACCCUGCAGUGCUUUAAAGAAGCAUCCAACUGAGAUUUACGUUGACUUUAUUUCAUAUUUUUUGACAAAACAUCACAGUUUAUUGUAAAUACUUUAAUUUUUCCUAAAUAAUGUAUCAGUCAUUGAGGUAAUAAAGGAGUAAGAACAA